CAAAAUAGGACACAUAAAUUGAAAUAUAUCGAGUAAAAAAGUAUGCUUUUAAGUAUACUUGGUAAGUCUAAAAAUGAAAAAACUGAUUUUGUUUCAGCUCAAAUUUGCCACUGUAAUAAUAAAUCUAUAGUCUCCCACUACUGCCAACAUUCAAUGGGAAACAAUUAUAAGAGAUGACAGUGAAAGCUCAACUACCCAACGCACUUAAGUUCCAUGCAAAAAUAAUCAAUGAAAAAGCGCGUAAGAAACGAUCUGUUCAUAAAAAUUUGCAUGAUAUCAGAACAAGCUUUUGCAUUUGGGGGCUGUUGCGUCGAAGGUCUCGAAGGACUACAUCGAAGAUUUUGUGACACGUCCGAUGGCUAACACUGAGAACUGGACGUUUCUUCGAUUUUGAGCGGAGUAAAAAAUAUACUAGCAAAUUUAACAAUGAAACUUGUACCGAACGAACUGCUUCCGCGCCCUGGCUGGCAAAAAUUGUAUCGUAAAAUCUACUGGGAAAACCCGCUUAACAGAAUAACUGGUUGGGACUGAAAAGUCGUCUCAAAAUGGCAACUACAGGAGCCUUCUUCUGCUGUAGCUGUCUCUGAAGAGCAAAUAUCAUCAGCUUUUUUCAGCUCUUGAGCUGAGUACAGCUUCAAACUUUGCACGAAAUUUCACAUCAGAAAAACAAGUUUGGAGAACUUAACUGGUGUACCAAAUGCAACUAGCAUAAAGUAGCUUGAAAAUGCUGCCCUCGGCCUGCGGCCUCGGGUAGCAUUUUCAAGCCCUCGGUCACAGUUUUUCACUAUACGGACCGACCCUAAGCCGGCCAAUAAUAACAUAUAUAGCUUGGCUGUUAAAUAUUAACGUUUCAGUUAUUGAUUGUUUUGUCAGGUUUUCGUGUCCCCCUUUCCCUCUACUCGCUAUCCUUCUGCCAUUCCUCAGCUGGGUUCAGAAAAGAGAAUUUAGACAAGUUUGGCGCGUGUUUCGACGUGUUAUUCACUUAACGAGAACGGGAAGAUGAUGAAAUGCAAACGACUACAGCACCCCCCUGACAGCUUGUGUUCGUGGUUCGUCAGUAUCUGUGCUUCUGUAUGCCAGUUGUUGGAUCUUGGUUUUAGCGUUAGCUUUGGCGUGCUGCUUCCUGAACUAAUGGGCGAGUUCAGAGAAGGCCGAGCGAGGACUGUUUGGGUCGGUUCUCUAUCGUUGGGUCUGACAUUUUUCCUCGGCCCUCUCGGAUCAGCCCUCUGCGAAACGAUUGGAUGUCGCUUCACCUCUAUCGCUGGGUGUCUGAUAUGUGCACUGAGCUUGCUGUUAACUUCUUACUCCUCCAGCCUUCUGUGGAUGUUUGUUACCUACAGUUGCCUGUAUGGUCUGGGUUCUGCCCUCUUGUUUUCGUCCUACUUUCUCAUAACAGCUAAGAACUUUCGUAGGUGGCAGUCUCUCGCAGUUGGGAUCGUUUCAGUCGGGGGUAGCAUUGGAGUCCUCGUUAUGGGUCCCUUAUUACAGCUCUUGAUUGAUGUGUUCGGUUGGAGAGGAACUUACAAGAUGAUUAGUGUACCAUUCUUUGUAAUGGCGUGUGUAUGUGGCGCCAUUUUCGGUGAUCCUAUCCAAGAUCCUUCCAAAAACAGCCAACAGAACUGCGCGGAAAAACCAGACGACUUAAAAACCCUUUCCGUCGAAGGACUAUCGACGAUGGAUAUUGGUAUAGUAAAUUUAGGCCACGUGGAAGAUUUGGAAAAUACGGCAAUUCGUAAAGACGAAGAAAACAACAAUAGAGAAACAAAAAGAAACUUCUCUGAGUAUCAUUACAAGAAAGACAUGAAAGGAAAGAAAUUUUCGGGUAGGAAACGAAAAUUAAGGACACUUUUGGACAUUUCCGUGUUCAAGGUUCCAACUUACACGAUAGCAAUGGUCAGUCUUGUGUUGAUGAACUUUGGCCAUUUCAUUCCGCAAAUGCAUUUGGUAAAAUAUUGUCUUGAACUGGACAUUUCUGCUGACUCGGCAUCUCGACUUUUCAUUUUUCUUGGUUUAUCAUCCUGCGUGGCUCGCGUUGCAGCUGGAAGAUUGUGUGACGUUCAGUGGAUAAAUACUAUUUUUAUUUACCAGUUUGGAGCUCUGCUUGUCGGAUUUGUUACUGUAGUGCUCCCAGUUAUACAAAGCUACGAGAGAAUGGCAAUCUUCGCCGUGAUUUAUGGCUUGGGUGAUGGGAUCUUUGUCACGACAAUGAACUCACUUCUCAUGUUCACAGUGGACGAGAGGCGCAGAGCGGCCGCGUUGGGGCUGGGAAACACUUUGCUGUCGGUAGGAGUUGCAGCCGGGCCUCCACUGGCAGGAUUCCUGGCAGAUGUGUUUGAUUGCUACACGUGGUCGUUUAUUAUGGCUGGUAUCUUGGUGCAAAUAGCUGCCUUGCUGCCUCUGGUUGUGUUCUGCCUCGGGGAAAAGAGAGGAUUUGACUUGAAAAACAAUAUAAGUAGUGACGAACAAUUAGCCACAUAUAGACAUACAGUAUUUGGUCCACCUAGAGCACGCUAACUAACUUUUAAAGGUCUCAUUUGUGCAAAACACAUAAUCAAUAUCAAAAUUAGUAAAAGCUAUCGUAGGAAUAUCGUGGGAAUGCGAGUGCAAUCAUCCUCAGCUAUGGAUUAACACUACGAGUGUCUUUUUUUUAAGUUCUCUCAAAAUUGCACGAGACUUCAGGAGGGUGCAAUUUGAAAUAACUUCCAACUUCGAGCGUUCGUAAGAUUACUCAUUUAUUUUUUGAAAUAACUGAGCUACUACGCGCGCUCUCAU